UGGUUUUUCAGGGGAGGCCACUUUUGACUAUUUAUCAAGAGGAGCUGUUCGUCCUAAAAAUGAUUGAAACUCCAAAACUCGUCAUCAGCAUGACGCUUUUGCUGGCGGCCUGCGCAUUCGCAGCGCCAGUCACACCUCCGCUCAACCCCACCGUGCCUCGCUCAGGCGCUGCUGCCCCCUACCGCAGCCUCGGAUCGUUUUCCGUCAAGCAGCCUGGCUUUUUGAACUUUGCUCCGGUCGUGCAACCGGGCACUGGCGAGACUGACCUGUGGCUCAUGAUUAGCUCGUUCACUGGCAACCCGCUGGGCUCGGAGGGCGAAGUUUACGCCGUCCCGAACAUUUCGAGCGCCAUUCGCAAUGUGCCCGCCAUCGCUCCUGUGUCCUUGCUGGAAUAUCUUUGGCCCAACGAGGUUGCUCCCAUUCCUCGUGAGGUGUUUGGAGACAACUUUGUGACUGUCGCUGGCGGCUUUUUGGUUCCUGGGAAAAGCAACGGCGUGCUGUCUGCCGUUCGAAUCAGCGACGUCUCCAACGUGACGACCAUCAAGUUGUCCACGGACAAGAAGGGUUAUUUCUACCACAUGUGCGAGUGGUACGACGUGAAUGGAGACGGCAAGCUUGAUGUAGUUGCUGCGCGAGCAACAAAGCCGCUGACGGGCGCCGGGUCCGGGGAGCUGCUCUGGCUUGAACAACCACGCAAUCCUUUCACCGAUGCGUGGACUGAACAUGUGCUGUUUGCCGGUCCUGACGUCUUUUUCCGCGUUGCUGAUGUGAACAAUGACGGAGUCAUCGAAAUCUUUGCCGCCCAGUUCUUCACCUCAAAGCUGGUGCUGUACACGGCGCCCCGCGGAAAUCUCACCAACCCCAGCUCUUAUGCGACUCGCGUGAUUGACGACUCGAUUGGUCCCCUUUUCGACGUGAAAAUCCUGGAUCUGAACGCCGAUGGCCGUGUGGACUUGCUGAUCACAGACCACACCGACGACGAAAAGCUGUCGGGAGUGUAUGGCUAUGAAAUCCCGAACGAUCUGGCUCAAGGCACUUUUGUCAAGCACAUUAUUGCUCAAGGUUUCAAGACAACCGAGCCCGGCACCAACCAAGCUUCGCCUGGUGCUCCCGAGGCCUUCUACCCACAGGUCAAGAGCACUUCGGGCAAACCGUCCAUUCUGCUCGCAGGCGACGGUGCGCAGUCCGCGUACUUGAUUUCGCCAAACACUCAGACGAGCUCGGACUGGUCUUACGAGCUCGACGUCGUCAUUGACGUCAAGCACACGGUUGGCCAGAUUGCCGUUGAGGACGUCGAUGGCGAUGGCUGGUCUGAAUUUUUCGUUCCUGACUACACGGGAGGAGAAAUUUACGUGUACACAUUUGCUCCUUGAUUCCAUUUAGCAAACGAUAGCUGACUGCGGCAGCGGUGCAUGUAUGGCUUGUACAUGUGUUUUGCAACCACCAAGCUCGCAAUAAAUAAUCAGAUUUGGUCAA